UGCACGAGGCAGCAGGUGAUCCUAUAUAAGACACUGAGCUCAAGUCCCUCUACGUCUCUGCACCUCACCAGGCUUCAGUCAUGAGGAUCCAUUACCUUCUCUUUGCAUUUCUCCUGGUGCUGCUGUCUCCACUUGCAGCAUUUACCAAAAAAAUCAACAAUCCAGUAUCAUGCAUGUUCAAUGGAGGCAUCUGCUGGCGUGCAUCAUGUGCUAGGGGUGAUAAACUGAUCGGCAGUUGUGGGCUUCCUAAAGUCAGAUGCUGCAAGAAAAAAUAGAUGAAAAGACCACGAACCAGCAAGAUGAGUAAAUUGCCAGAAUUUGCUCCUCCAUGAAGAUCAAACCAAACCAAAUCAAACCAAAUUAAAUCAAACCAAAACAAAUCAAACCAAAUUAAAGUUCUUUGAUCACCUUCUGUAACUC